GGCAUGCCACAUCUGAGCUGAAAAAAGAACUGAAUCCCUUGGGCUAAAUUCAUUCCUGGAGUUGCUUGAUUGAACACAAUGCAUUUACACUGAGUGCAGAUUUGGCUCAUACCUGACUUUGUCAGCAUUCACUGUGCUGUAACUAAGUAACAAGAACACUGUCAUUAGGGGACAGAUGAACAGCUUUCUCUAGGGUUAUUAGAGCACUGAGCACCUUUAAGGAGCGCAGAAACCAGUGAAAGGAGGAGUUGGAGAAAAGGACACCGCUCCUUUUAGAGUCUUGUAACAGGACUGAUAAGCUAUUCCUGUGAUGUGAUCGAACGGGACUGAAUACUGCAGGCUCUUGGACUCUUAUUCUAUAAAAUCCACAGCAGAGCAGCACAGGAAAAGAUCGGAGGGAACAGCUUCUGCUGUACCAAGAAAGAUGCUCGAGAGCUCUUCAGUCCUUUUCACUGUCUUCCUCCUGCUUUUCAUUUUGCUGCUGGUUGUGGUACUCAUCAGGAGAAACCCCACUGCUUCCCUUCUCUGGAAUGAAAUAAUCCGGGAGAAAAUAACCAAUUUAAUCAUGAAUCAGAGCAAGGAACAGAGGAUUUUAAAUUUUGUGCUGCAGAAUGCAGUCCGGGGAGACCCCUGUAGUGUGCUGGAUGCUAUAGAUAAGUACUGCUCCCAGAAAGAGUGGGCCAUGAACGUGGGCAAUGAGAAAGGUGUAAUUCUAGACAAGACAGUGGAAGAGGUUAGUCCAUCGGUUGCACUGGAGCUGGGAACAUACUGUGGCUACUCAGGAGUUAGGAUUGCUCGGCUGCUGAAGGCAGGAGCUCGUCUUCUCACUGUGGAGUUCAACCCAGAAUUUGCUGCUAUAGCUAAACAGAUGUUUGAGUUUGCCGGAGUGCAAGAUAAGGUAAGACUCCUAGAAGGCCCUUCAGAGGAAAUUAUUCCCCAGCUGAAGAAAAAAUAUGAGGUGGAUACUCUGGAUUUUGUCUUCCUGGACCACUGGAAAGACAGAUACACACCAGAUACCAUCCUGCUUCAGGAAUGCAACUUGCUGAGGAAGGGAUCGGUUCUUCUGGCCGACAAUGUCAUCAUCCCAGGAGCUCCAGAAUUCCUUAACUAUGUCCGCAACAACUCCCAUUUCCAAUGCACUAACUACCCAUCUCAUCUGGAAUAUAUGAAAGCUGAUGAUGCUAUGGAAAAGGCUGUGUUUUUGGGAUAAAGAGGGCCAUUAAUACUCAACCAUGUAAAUGCAACCGCACAAGUUAAUUUUUCCAUGCUUUAUAUUUUGGGGUGUUUUUUGUAUUUUGGAGCCUGUACUUAAAGCAAGUGCUAGUGGAGAUCACUUUAGACCAGGUGGAAAACAAAAUCAGAAGUAGGGUAACAGCUCAAAGGUCUGUUCCAUUGUUUCACAUAAUUCAGCAAACCCAAGGUGUUGCACACUGCAUUGACCAACAGGUCAUCAAACAACACAGUCUGUUCUUUUGAACUCAAACCUGAUUUGGGCUUAGGGUGAGGUGGAAAAAGUUGCCACAACUUCUGAAGAUAUGUAUCCCCAAGCUGACCUGAGUAAUCAUUAUCAAGAGUGGAAAAAAAGCAUGUGUGUUGUGAGAAGACCAUUUCAGGAGCCCUGGUUUUGCCAGAUUACCAGCAUGCUACUUAAUGCAAUGAAGGUUCCUAUUGCACUGAGAUACAUUUCUGCAUCGUUACUGCAAAAGUUAACCACUGCUAUGUGAGAGAGAAGGGCAUGGACUGAAGGAAGACUGACCCAUGCAGUGAGAAAACAGAACAGAAUUUUGCAGAAGACAAAGUCAUUAAUCUGUCCAUGCAGAGGCAGGGAAAACUGGAAUAGUAAAUAGGUUAAAACUAUUAAAACUAACAGACAGGGAACAAAAGGAGCAGGCUCUUUCCAAAGAAACACCAAAACCUCCAAAACUACGUUAAUAUUUGACCUUAGGAAAAUGCUGUUUACCCCUCAUAUUUACUUAUCCUCUCAUUAUAUUGUAUAGACAUUGUAUGUGCUUUUUAGGAACAAGGCAAGCUGCUUACUCUGAAGUGCUGUGUAUGUUUUAAGAUGCUGUAUAAAAAUAAAGACCAGAGAGAACAGGUUUUACCAAGUAGGUGUUGCACACCCUGGUUAAUCUCAGUGCUGCUAACACUAUGGGAAUAGUGAGGGCUGUCCCUGAGAAGACAACAACCCAAAUAUGAAAUCUCUCACUCACCUGAACAAUGCAUAAAUCCACUGGCAUUCUGGCAUGUCCUGCUGUGAUUAUAUAAUGAGGCAAUGGUCGCAUUUAUAAAUAAACCCUAAAAAACAAUA